UCUUCAAGUUGGGAGUCUCUAGUAGCGAGCAGGGGGUGACGCAGGUGGGCGGCUAGCGCUAGUUCCGUCUCUUCGUGCGUAUGCAGACUCGAAAACUCACAACACUUGCAAUACAAAUUCAGUCGUGAAUUGAAUUCACAGUAUCUGCAGUUACUGGAACGAAUUCUACAUCUUGGUUUAUAGACAGAAAGAUUAACGCUUGUGAUCUAAAACGGCGCGGUUUCUGUAGCAGGAGAACAAGCAAGAACUAUGAGGGGAAGGAAGAAGAUGAGGCAGUGCUUCACCUUCUUCUUAUCCUUAUUUUGUUGAUUCAUGGCGUCCUCUCAGCACCGCUGCGUCUUUGUUGGUAAUAUUCCGUAUGAUGCAACUGAGGAGCAACUCAUGGAAAUCUGCAGGGAGGUUGGUCCUGUUGUGUCAUUCAGAUUAGUUACAGAUAGAGAAACUGGGAAACCAAAAGGCUAUGGGUUCUGUGAAUAUAAAGAUGAAGAGACGGCACUAAGUGCACGUCGUAAUCUUCAGGGUUACGAGAUCAAUGGGAGACAAUUACGUGUUGAUUUUGCAGAAAAUGAUAAAGGUGCUGACAGGAACCGAGAGCAGGGUCGGGGUGGACCAGGGCUGGCUGCAAAUGUUGCUCAAAAACAAUUGGGGGGCCUAGGAAUCCAUGGAGAUUCUCUUCAGCAUCAACCAAUUGGACUCCAUAUAGCUAUAACUGCUGCAAGUGCAAUGGCCGGAGCUUUAGGUGGUGCUCAGACUGCUGGUCAAUCUAAUCAAAGUGGUAUGCAGGGUCAGUCUCUACCAGCAAAUGAUCCCUUAACUCUUCAUCUGGCCAAAAUGUCACGUGUUCAACUGAAUGAAGUUAUGUCUGACCUGAAGGUGAUGGCUACACAGAACAAGGAACAAGCUCGCCAGCUAUUGCUCUCAAGACCGCAGUUGUCAAAAGCUCUAUUUCAGGCACAGAUAAUGUUGGGAAUGGCAACCCCAGAAGUGUUGCAGAUGCCAAAUCUUCGGCAGGCACCAAUCCAACCUGCAAAUCCCUCACUUCUAGAGGGGCAGCGGGGUCUGCUGCCUACAGGUGAAAGUGUUCCUGAAAUGAUCCCCCUUUUAUCUAUGAUGCAAUCUGCGAUGAUACCCAAUAUGCCCCAAGCCUUAUUGGUUCAUAACCAAUAUUCUGGUCCCCCUCAAACUCUUCGGCAACCUCAACAUGCCAAUAUCAAUGUUGUACAACAGGCUUCAUUUCAAUCAGUUCCUUCUGCACAUGCAAAUGUUAGACCACGGAUUCAGACAGUAAGUUCUUCCCUAAACCAACAAAUGCAACCUCGUUUGCCACAGCACUCAGGACAGCUUGGUGCUGCAAAUUUGGGGAAUUCAAAUGCAGCCAUACAGUCUUCACUUUUGAUUCAUCCUCCCUCGUCAAAAGCUACUGACUUUCAGCCUGGCCCCUCACUGCAAUCAGGCUUUUCAGAUUCAACUAACAGUGGAGCUGAUAAAACUGCUUGCGCUGCCAAUGAUUCAACUUGGAGCAGUAGAAGCAAGGCAUAUCCAAAUGUACAUGUGGGGUUAACACAGAAAAGAAUAUAUCGUGAUACCUCAGAAGCUAGUAAUCAGCCAUCAAAAUUGAUUAAACUUGGAGAUGGCAGGGACACCUCUUCCUCUAUAGGCAGUUUAGAUGUGCCAACUGGUAUCAGAUCUGCACCAUCACAAGCAAUAGCAGUUGCUUCAGUGCCUCCUAAUCCAGUUGUUAAGGCGGAACAUGUGCCAUAUUCUGAAAAACAGACUUCUCAGUUGCAGGUUCCUACUGACGUAGAGUCGGCCUUACUGCAGCAGGUGAUGAACCUAACACCGGAACAAUUAAAUUUAUUGCCUGCUGAACAGCAGCAACAGGUGAUUCAACUCCAACAGGCGCUCCGUCGAGAGCGGAUACAGCCAUUAUAGCAGGCAGGGUGGCAUGUUAUACGUGCCUUACAAUGCAGUUUCUGUUGUCGGGAUCGGCUCCAGCCAGCGUCUGCAAGAACAAGGUUCAGCAAUUGAUUAAAUUAUUAUUUUUAAUGGCUUGUAAAAUUCUUUUUUCACAGAUGAUCCUCGCUUGGACCUGAAAUCCAUAAGCUUUGUACCUUGCCAUCAUGUAAUGUUUUUCAGCAUAUAUAGUAGAGAAUCAAGGAGAAGAAAAGAUGAGAAGAUAAAAGUUGUGAUCCCUUGCAGAGUUGAAAUAUAUUUGCAAUGCUUUGGAUA